CACACUGUUACUAACACCGACUCGAUUUCAGCUGCAAUCAACCCUAGUUUUCGGUUCCUAGGAGCUAGUAGCAAGACAUUUUUGCUAUGAUCUCGCCGGAGUCUUUAUGUCUAAGCGGGAGAGAGCAGGGGCGUGCAAGAAUUGCCGGGUGCGCAAACGGCGAUGUACUCCUACGGCCCUAGGUCGGUCUUGCCAGCUUUGCAACCAGCUCGCAAUGCCGUGCAAUCUAGUCACAAGCUUUGUCCGUGAUACGCAGACCCAUGUUAGACAUGGUGAUGGUGGUUCGCGGACACUGCAGAGCAGCGUCGAUGCAGGCACUGCAGUUGCUCCUCAGUCUUUACUUUCGACGUUGAUAAUCCCAUCCUCCCCAUACCAAGCAUUGCUGGUGUCAUCCCAGAACGACUUGCGCGCUAAAUCUCGGGAAGAGGCGUCCACGAGCCUGCUCCCUGGCGGCCAGGUAUUGAGAGAGGUAGUUGAUAUCUACUUCCAGCUCAUCCACAAUUACCCCCAUACCCUCUUUUACAAACCUGGGUUUUGGGCGGAUGUAGAGUCCGGGGAGAUCCCGGAGAUGAUCCUUCUAGGUAUGAUUGCGCUUUCACUGCGUUUCUCACGCAAUGAGUGCUUUCGGCCCUUUGAUCCGCGUUCCCGGGGUAAGGAAUUCGCAGACGAAGCUAGGCGUCAUAUCCAUAUCCAGAUGAUGAAUCCUUCGGUUGCUACUGUCCAAGCCUGCGUUCUUAUCGGCCAUUACCUCGGUGGUGAGGGCGAUGUCAAGAGUAAACAUAUCUACCUUGGUCUUGCACGACUCCAUGCCCAAGCCAUCAGACUAUGGGAGAUGCCGGUAGACUCGACGAUUGUGUCGAGAGAAGUCCGGCGACGAACAUGGCUGUCCGUCAUCAUAGCCGAAAAUUGGAGCGCAACGGAUAUGUCCACCCAGCCUGUGCUAUCUAGUGAGCACGACAUGCUAUUCCCCAUCAUGGACGAGGUCGAGUUCUUGACUCUUCAACCUGCCGCGUUUAGGGACGGGCUAAACUUCCAGUCCUCACAACGGUGCAUGUGGGCCCAGAUGGCAGCCACCAUCGAUGUUUUCCGCCAGAUCAGCGCCAUGAUCUCGAAGCUCAGUCUAACUCUCCGCACUCUGGAUUCUUACCGGAGCGAGAUUUCAGAUCUCUCACAGCGGCUAGAUCACUGGGACCAGCGCCUACCUCCAGAACUCCAGUACUCGAUGGACAACCUGGUUUACUUUGGAAAUGCUGGCCUCGGCCUCACAUUCCUUGGCAUGCACAUGGGGUACCACCAUUUUCGCCAACUACUGUACUAUCCUUUCCUCAACUCUCAGGCCAACCACGAUAUAGCACUCCCGCCUCGCCUACUAUCGGGUGACAUGAAUUAUGCACGGCUUUGCAAGAAGCACGCCCUGGCCAUCUCUGACCUUGUUAAACUCGGUUUCGAAACCAGCGACUGCAACCCCGUGUACUUCCUUACGGGACAUAUACUGGUCGUCAGCUCUAGCAUCCACCUUCAUACUCUACUGUUUGGAGAGGAUCAGGCGGCAGCGGAUGUUGCGCGCGAGCGACUGGUCUCGAAUUUUGAGAUCUUGAUGCAGCUUAAGAUGUACUGGCCGGUCAUUGAUUCUUCGGUGGCUCGCCUUCGAGAAUUCCAAAACAGCAGGCGCUUAUCAGUUUCUGACUCGUUUGUGCUGGAUAACUGGAUGCUCAAAUUCCUCAUGGAACACACUGCGAACCUGGGUCCCGACAGCCACCCAAUCCCACAGACUCAAGAUCCACCUCUACAUUUCGAUCUUGAAGUCGUCCCAUUUUCAGGUCCCUCUGAUCCUCUCCAGAUUGGCAACCAGCCGGUUGUAGGAGAAGGGGCUGGUAUGUCAGAACUGGAACCUGAGAAUCUCAGCGGACUUGCUACGAGUAGUUUAAGUACGCUGUUGCAAGAUAAGAGUAUGAGCAACGAGGCAGUGGUAGAUAAUGCGCUACAUUGGUUAUUAGAUCAAGAUCUAAAGGCGUCCGAAUAUUGACCACAGUCUUACGAGUUAGAAAAUUAAACGACGGCGCUGGAAAGUUAGCAUUUAGAACUAAUACGAGAUCGAAUCAUAAUAGA